GCGCAGGAACUGGAGCAAUGUUCAAACGAAGAUAACAGAGGAUUACCAGCUCCAUGCUGUGUUGCUACGUCAAAAGGCGCUGGCGAUAUUAUGAUGCAGUCGAUCAGUGCACUUCAAGCAGCAAGCUUAUCGUAUUUAGAAUGUGCACAUACUCUGCGAUCAGAUAUCCAGCACGGCUUAGCGUCAGCAGAAAUCAGUAGGCGGCAAAAAUUUAGUGGCUAUAAUGAAUUCGAUAUCCAGGAGCAUGAGCCACUGUGGAGGAAGUACUUGGAUCAGUUCAAAAAUCCACUGAUUAUGUUGCUUCUUGCCAGUGCGGCAGUAUCACUGUUGAUGGGACGAACGGAAGAUGCCAUUAGCAUAACGAUCGCAAUUGUUAUCGUUGUAAGUGUGGGAUUUGUUCAGGAGUAUCGUUCCGAGAAAACACUCGAACAUCUCAACAAACUUGUUCCACCCACUUGCCACACGUGA